GUGCUAUAUAUGGGAGAAGGCGAAGCUACGUCAACAGAGGUUGGGCGUGGGAGGCGGUCACGGUUGAGAACUUGGGACGGAGUGGGGAGGUAGUUAACGGUAGUUAAGCAACUCCACACGCUCGAGGAUGGAGAACAGCUAUAAAUCCCACCUCCCGACGGCGAUGGAACCAAUCAAGAAGCACAGUGAUCUGAGAUCGAACGCGGAAAGAGAUGAGGCUAGUCUUGCUUUACCUUUGCAUCAUUUGCCAUGGGAUGGCGACGGUGGACGGAGCGAGGACCAACGUGAGCGGAGGAAAGCCCAAGAGCUCCGGUACCUUCAAUGUGAAGGAGUAUGGUGCCAGGGGCAACGGCCGGAGCGACGACACCAAGGCGUUCCUGGCAGCUUGGGACGCAGCUUGCAAAUCAUCUGGGCAGGUCAAGAUUUUGAUCCCUAGCGGUACCUACUUCCUCAACCCUAUUGAAUUCAAUGGCCCCUGCCGAGAUGUGCAGAGUUUGAAGUUCCAAAUGCAGGGCACGCUGAGGGCGACUACGGACUUGCGCAAAUAUGGAAACGGUAAGGGGUGGGUGGAGUUUCGACAUGUCGAUGGACUGACUGUGACCGGCGGAGGGACCUUCGAUGGUCAAGGAGCUGUGUCUUGGCCCUUCAACAAGUGCCCCAAAGAUAAGAACUGCAAAGUCCUGCCGACGUCCGUGAAGUUCGUGAACACAAAAGAUACGGUGGUGAGAGGUAUAACAUCACUCAAUAGCAAGUUUUUCCACAUGGCACUGCUAGGCUGCCAUAACUUCAAGGGCAGUGGCAUCACCAUCAGUGCCCCGGGCACCAGCCCCAACACUGAUGGCAUUCACCUGGAGGGCAGCACGGGUGUGACCAUAUCGAGCUCGAAGGUUGCGACAGGUGAUGAUUGCAUCUCGAUCGGUCAGGGCAACAGUCUAGUGACAAUCUCCGGCAUCACUUGCGGUCCUGGCCAUGGUAUCAGUAUUGGAAGCUUGGGGAGGUACAAUGAUGAAGAAGAUGUGAAGAAUGUUAUCAUAAAGGAUAGCACCUUUCAAGGGACGACGAAUGGAGUACGGAUCAAGACAUGGGCCAAUUCACCUGCCAUUACUAAGGUUCAAAACAUGACCUUUGACAACCUUGUGAUGAAGAAUGUCGACUAUCCCAUCGUCAUAGACCAGACAUACUGCCCCUUUGCCAAGUGUGACAAUUCGAGAGCAUCUCGCGUAAAGCUCAGUGAUAUCCACUUCAAGAACAUUCGAGGAACGACAAAGAGGCCAGAGGCAGUGAUACUCAGAUGCAGCAAAGGGACACCGUGCCAGAAGCUCAGCCUCCACAACAUCAACCUUAAAAAUAUCGGUUCUGGAGGCACGCUUUCCACUUGUCUCAAUGCCAAGGCAGAGUAUAGUGGCAGUAUCUUUCCCCCACCAUGCCAGUAAUGCUGGCACAGAGAUAACAUGUAGUAUCAAUAAUCACUAGGUGCAAAGGUGUACCUGCACCCAUCUCGCUCAACACAGAAUAAGGUUGGGCUUUUGUAAUGCGGUGAAUUUGUGAGGGUCACAAAAUCUAGUAAUGAUUUGUGAUGAUUAAUGUACCCGUAAGGGAUGUCGGGAAGUGGUGGAUCUCAUUGAAGUCGCCCUUCUU